AAAGCCAUGGCCACCUGCAGCCGUCAGUUCACCUCCUCCAGCUCCAUGAAGGGCUCCUGUGGCAUCGGUGGUGGCUCUAGCCGCAUGUCCUCCGUCCUGGCUGGAGGAUCCUGCCGGGCUCCCAGCACCUACGGGGGCAUGUCUCGUUUCUCCUCUGCGGGAGCCUAUGCGCUUGGAAGUAGCUAUGGUGGGGGCUUCAGCAGCAGCAGUUUUGGUGGUGGAUUUGGUGGAGGAAUUGGUGGUGGUGUUGGUGGAGGACUUGGUGGUGGUAUUGGUGGUGGAUUUGGUGGUGGUAUUGGUGGUGGAUUUGGUGGUGGUAUUGGUAGUGGAUUUGGUGGUGGUCUUGGCGAUGGGCUCCUGGUUGGCAGUGAGAAAGUGACCAUGCAGAACCUCAAUGACCGCUUGGCCACCUACCUGGAUAAGGUGCGUGCCCUGGAAGAGGCCAACAGUGACCUGGAGGUGAAGAUCCGUGACUGGUACCAGAGGCAGCGUCCCACUGAGAUCAAAGACUACAGCCCCUACUUCAAGACCAUCGAGGACCUGAAGAGCAAGAUCCUGGCAGCCACUGUGGACAAUGCCAAUGUCCUCCUGCAGAUUGACAAUGCCCGCCUGGCGGCUGAUGACUUCCGUACCAAGUUUGAGACAGAGCAGAGCCUGCGCAUAAAUGUGGAGUCCGACAUCAAUGGCCUACGCCGGGUGCUGGAUGAGCUGACCCUGGCCAGAGCUGAUCUGGAGAUGCAGAUCGAGAGCCUCAAGGAAGAGCUGGCCUACCUGAAGAAGAACCAUGAGGAGGAAAUGGCUUCCAUGAGAGGCCAGGUGGGCGGGGACGUCAACGUGGAGAUGGAUGCGGCCCCUGGUGUGGACCUGAGCCGCAUCCUGAACGAGAUGCGGGAUCAGUACGAGAAGAUGGCAGAGAAGAACCGCAAGGAUGCCGAAGAUUGGUUCUUCACCAAGACAGAGGAGCUGAACCGCGAGGUGGCCACCAACAGCGAACUGGUGCAGAGCGGCAAGAGCGAGAUCUCCGAGCUCCGGCGCACGAUGCAGAACCUGGAGAUCGAGCUGCAGUCCCAGCUCAGCAUGAAAGCAUCCCUGGAGAAUAACCUGGAGGAGACCAAAGGCCGUUACUGCAUGCAGCUGGCCCAGAUCCAGGAGAUGAUCAGCAGUGUUGAGGAGCAGCUGGCUCAGCUGCGCUGCGAGAUGGAGCAGCAGAAUCAGGAGUACAAGAUCCUGCUGGAUGUGAAGACUCGGCUGGAGCAGGAGAUCGCCACCUACCGCCGUCUGCUGGAGGGCGAGGAUGCUCACCUUUCAUCUUCCCAGUUCUCCUCAUCGUCUCAAUUCUCCUCUGGCUCUCAAUCAUCCAGAGACGUGACCUCCACCAACCGCCAGAUCCGCACCAAGGUCAUGGAUGUGCACGACGGCAAGGUGGUCUCCACCCACGAGCAGGUCCUGCGCACCAAGAACUAA